AUCAAGAUUGAAGACUUAAUAGAUAGUGUACCUGCAGGAUUAGCGUAAGAAAUUAAAGGAAGUUGAGAUACUAGGGCCAAACAAAAAUUAGAAGUAGCUUAAUUGCGACUGCAAAGCCUAAACUUUCCUUCUGAUAAGAAGAGUUGAACCGGCCAAGGAAAAGAGAGAACAUAAAGUGGACAAGUCAAUGAGAGAGUCAUAUUCCUUGGAAGAUGCAUAUAUAACAGAUACUAGUGAAAUAAAGGGGAUUUCUUAACUUUAACUGCUUAGAUAAAAUUGAAAUAAAUGUGAAAAACAAUAGACAAAAUGGAAACAAUUCAAAAAUAAUAGAUAAAAUUGAAAUUAAAUUGAAAGUUAGUAGAUGAUUUUUUGAAUUAAGCCGUUAACCACCAGACGGUCAGACAUCUAACCCCUUUUUUAAUUUUUUUUUACAGCUCGGCUUUGAUGGGCCCCACCCAACCCCGAGAUGGGCGAGUUCUGGAGCGACGUGGCCAUUGAUCGGCGCCGGAGAAACUCGCCCUGGCCUUUGAGCUCGUCACCAGAAAGGUACUUCAAAAUGCCGAGAUUCGAAAUUCUCAAAUGGGUCGAGGAGUGCAUUGAACAAAUCGGGUCGGUUCUGAUAGAGGGUGGGUGGGACGAGAUCGAUAUAUCGGACAUCGUCGACGUCUCAGCUUUAGGAUUUUUCGAGGAGGAAAUGGUUCUGCUGGACAAUCAAGCCGUCCUCAAUGCGCUUCUUCUCAAACCCGACCGGUUGUCAGACUCUUUUCGGAAAGCCGGCUGGAGCUACGAAGACGUCUCGGACGCUUCAAGGUUUGAUUUCAGACAGGAGAAGGAGAGAAAAUCGACGAAGAGGUUAUCCCCAGAGCACGUCGAAAAAAUCGAAUAACUGGCCGAAUUGGUUUCCUGGUGAUAGUACGCGUCGAGAAGAUUCCUUUUUCUUUUCUUUUUAUUAUUUUUUUUAAAGAAAUUUCUCAAGUUCUUGAAUUUGGAUUUUUUUUUUUUCCUAUUUUAGAUAGAAUAUUUUAAAAAUUAUGGGGAAACGCGUUGUACCAUACAAAGAUUGCAUGAAAAAUAGAGAGUUGAAAUUACGUGAUUGUUCAUAUGUAUAAGUAAUCAAUGAUAAAUACAAUAGCUAAUUUUGA